AUGCCGCGCUCACCUGGCAUUUGUGUCGACGAAGCGAGCACCGAGCCCCGCGCAAGGCCCGCUACCGGGAUCUAUCGCGAAGAUGCGCCGCGGCGCAUCACGCUGAGCCCGCUCAAGUUCGUGCCAUCCAUGCAUCCGUCUCCGACGAUGCAUGGGGCAGGAUCAGCUACGCACUCGCCUUUGCUUGCAUGGGCAAACGAGUUGCCCGACGAUCCCGAGCGUGCGUCUGCGGCUGUGCAUCUCUAUCCACACUCGCUCGCACCGGCAUGGAGCCCGAGCGGCACAGCGCCCGCGACGUUUGUUGGGAAGCGCUCCGACCUUUCGCCCUACUUUCCAGCUGCCGGUGCCACGCCGAUGCGGCAAUCCGCGUCGCACAUGGGCGUCGGAAUGAGUGCGAAUCUUAGCGGCGGUGGGCCGGUCCCCCAAACUCCUUCGCGACUUGCUCCACACGCCGUUGCAUCCCCACUUCGUGCCUCGCCCGAGCCCAGCAUUUUUGAGCGCGAUAUCGAGCACCCACACUUGCGCUCGCCACAGGAAGCGAUCGACGUUGCUGUUCCGCCCGUGCUGGACGACGCUGCGAGUGCCAUUGUCGAUGAUACCGCCUCGCUGGAGAUUAUCGCGCCGCAGACCUUGCCGGGCUCGCCGUACGUCUCGCCGCGCCUUUCCUGUGCGCGUCCACAGGGUCGCACGCGCCCGCGCAACCUGAGCGCGACCGACGCGCGCUUUGCUUCUCCCCAGGACGAUCGAUUUGCGCAGCAGCACUCUGGACGGCAGCACGGCCACCGCCGUCCCCCGUCCGAUGCAAACAGCGUCUUUUCCAUGCAUCCCCCUACGCCAGUGCAUCUCAGCACAGCCGAUACACUUGUCGCUCCCAGCUUGAGUCCCAGCUUGAGUAUCGACGGCGCGAUUAUCCCGGAAAGCAAUGCUGCGACGCGUGGCCACAGUCUGGAUGUGCUCGCGGAUGCAUUUGCACACCUGAGUAACGCGCCGAAUACGCACCGUGUCUUGACGCCUGCACCCGCGCCGGCCGUGAGCCCGAGCCAGCUCGGCAUGGCGAACAGCUCGAGCUACUUUUCCCUUCCGCCGCAGGAUGAGUCGACAAUGGCACGCACGCCGGGCCAUCGGCCCGCAGUCCAGCCGCUGCAUAGUCCUAGUUUUUGCUAUGCAGUCCUGCCUAUGCACGACGAAAUGUCGAGCAAGCGCGCUGGCGCUACUCAUCCGCGCACCAGCUCGACACCUUUGCCGUCCACGACUGCACACCGCCAUUCUCUGGCACGCCACACGGUGCCUGUUCCUGUGGCAGGGACACGAGCUACACCGCGAUCGCAAGAUCCGUUUGCGCUCAAAGUGCCUCUUACGAGCGGUGCGGGUUCUCCCUCGGGCGAGCGGAAACGACUAUCGUUUAUGGCGUAUGCAGACAUUAUUAAUGACAGCAGCGCGCAGCUCCUCGACUUGGACGAGUCGGUGCAGCUGCAAGCGCAGCGCGGCACGCCCGAGCAGCCGCUGAGUGAAAAGUAG